GAGUGAAGUGCGGAGAAUAAUGUGUGGGAAGGGAAGAAAGCCAAACGAGGCAAAGGUUCCGUACUAAACCCUUGCCCCUCUUCAUCAUUAACCCUAAAACCCCUCUUUUCCUAGUUUUAUACCCCACCCUCCCUUCCCUCUCCUUCCCGCCCAUUUUACUUCAUCUCUCUGUCUCUCUCCCUCUCUCUCUCCUCUUUAUAUACACCGGCAAAUAAACAUGAAGAAUCUCUCUUCCCAGCAGUUCUGAGCUGCUAGUAGUGUACUAGUAUCCGACAACAACAACAACAACAAUGCAUAAACUCACACGUUUAGCCCCUGCUACUAUUACCACAGCUUCUCUCUCUAAAAACACUUUUCUCUCUCUAAACUCCAUGUCCACUGCUCCAUACUCGCCACUUCCAUUCAAAACGACGUCGUUCAACAACAAUUGCAGAAUUUGUACCUGUUCGAUCAAGACUACUAGUACUAGCUGUCCAAUUAGGGCUUGGACUGGGUCCCGCUGGGCUUGGUAUUGUACGGACGCGACUGUAAAUGAUAAUAAGGCGUGCAAGAGUGGUGAUGGUGACAAUGUGGUGAACAAGGAGUUGGAGAAGCAGUCUAGUAGUCGGCUUAGGUUUAGUAGGAGGCAGAGGGGAAUUGGGACUUGUAUGCCUGAGUUGAUUGCGUCGAGUCCUGAUUUGUUGGCUAUUCCCGGAGUUGGACCGAGGAAUCUCAAGAAACUUGUGGAGAAAGGGAUUGGUGGUGUUGCUGACCUUAAACAGAUUUAUAAAAAUAAGUUUUUUGGGAGAUAUAGUGAAAAGAUGGUUGAGUUCUUACGAGGUUCAGUUGGAAUAAUUCACAAGAAUCAUGCUGAAAGUAUAACUACUUACAUAAAAGAAAGUGUAGAUGAGGAAUUGAAGGAGGAUACUUCCAGUUUCGAUGCAAAACCAACCCAAAAGAAGCGGCUUACCUUCUGCGUUGAAGGAAACAUCAGUGUUGGGAAGUCGACUUUUUUGCAGAGAAUAGGUAAUGAAACACUUGAGCUACAGGAUCUUGUUGAAAUUGUUCCAGAGCCUGUCAGCAAGUGGCAAGAUGUUGGACCGGAUCACUUCAAUAUAUUGGAUGCUUUCUAUGCUGAUCCCGAGAGGUAUGCAUAUACCUUCCAGAGUUUCGUGUUUUCCACAAGGGUAAUGCAGGAGAGGGAGUCUUUCGGUGGAAUAAAGCCCCUCAGGUUGAUGGAGCGAAGUGUUUUUAGUGAUAGAAUGGUGUUUGUGCGAGCUGUACAUGAAGCAAAGUGGAUGAACGAAAUGGAAAUCAGCAUAUACGACUCUUGGUUCGACCCUUUUGUGUCAUCUUUGCCUGGACUUAUUCCUGAUGCCUUCAUCUAUCUUAGAGCGAGCCCUGAUACAUGCCACAAGAGAAUGAUGCAUCGGAAGAGAGCAGAGGAAGGGGGUGUAAGCAUCGACUAUCUGCGUGGUUUACAUGAAAAACAUGAAAACUGGCUUCUUCCAUCCACUAGUGGAAAUCAUGGUGUAUUUUCUGUAAGUAAGCCACCCUUCCAUGGCGAUCACACUCUGCCUUCUAAUAUUAGAGACCGUGUGUUCUAUCUAGAGGGUGAACAUAUGCAUUCAAGCAUUCAAAAGGUUCCUGCUUUGGUUCUCGACUGCGAGCCCAACAUUGACUUCAACAAGGAUAUUGAUGCAAAACGACAGUAUGCUUGUCAAGUUGCAGAUUUUUUCCAAUUUGUAAAGAAAAAGAAAGAAGCUACAGAUGGUGAAGCAGGAGCAACUAAGAGUGGCCAACCACCUGUACUGAUUCCCAAUCAUGGUGGACUAUGGAUGCCAAAUGGGAAGCACUUCACUGAUUCAACACUAAAUUCCUUAGAUUUUAGACGAACUAUGUCAUGCUUGCCUUCUUAGUAAAAAUUGUAUCUACAGUUUCGAUGAUACUUGAAGACUGUGAUCAUCAUACGAGCCAUGUAUGCAUGUACUUGCCUCUUUACUGGAAUUUUACUGAUCCUUGGUUAGAGGCAGGUAUGGUCAAAUGGUUGUACUGUCCCUCUGUAUAUAAAUUUGAUUAUCCUAGAAGACCUACUUUAGCUUGUUAGAACAUCUCCAAGGGAGAUGGUUAGUUAAAAGUAUAUAUACAGAUGAUUUGGUAAAAAUUUGCUGAACUCGUAAGCUUUUUGCUCUAGUAGUA